AUUUUCAUUUAAUUUAAAAAUAAUAAUUCUUUUUUUUUUUCACCCACUUCAGAUUUCUUCUUCCUCUUUCAUUUUCUCUCUCCUUUACCUUUCCUUUUCUCUUACCUUUGUAAACCCAGGCUCUGGGUUUUCUCAAACGGCUUAGAAGCAAGUGAUGAUCAUUGCCGUCGAUGACAGCAAGCAUAGCGUCUACGCACUAGAGUGGAUGCUUGAUACCUUUGCAAACCCAGGCUUUCGGUGUUCUCAAACGGCAGAGAAGUAAGUGAUGAUCGUCACCAUCAAUGACAGUGAGCACAGCUCGGGUGUGAGUUUGGAGUGGAUGCUCGAUCACUUCUUCGCUCCUCUAGGUGACAGUGCCUUGUUCAAUCUCGUCAUCAUUCAUGCCAAACCCUUUGCUACUACUGUCGUCGACCUUCUUCUUCUUCUCUUAAACCCAAAUCUGGCAACAAGCGAAAGUACGAGGACUAGACCCCUCCAUCGUCCGAUGGAAGGAGGCCCACCGGCUUCUCAUCUCCAGAUUCGGUGCCUCGCUCUUACAAUAGCGUUCCGUCGCCUCUCGAUGGCAUUGAGAUGGCUAAGCAGCGUGCUUAGGAGGUUGCGGCUCGCCUCAUCGCUGCAUCUGCUCUUGUUGACACCAAGCGUCCUUGCGUCGAGAAUGGUUUUAGCGAUUUUGAUAACGAAAAAGGCUUUAGUUUUGCUCCAUCUGUGCUUCACUCUUGCUAGGUUGCUGUCUAAGAUCGAGAAAAGGGGUGGAAUGAUAAGUCCGCAGCAGAUGAUAAGACCGCAGAUGUGCCUUGUUUAAUAUGAUGGAAUGAUUUGUAUCGCUUUUUUUUAUUAUCAUCAAUUUCAUUAGAUUGUUAAUUUAUGUGAUGAAACCCAGAUCUGGGUUUGAGAAAGGAAAAAGAAGGAGAAAGGAAGAAGAAAGGAGAAGAAAGAGAGAGAGAAUAAGAAGAAGAAUAAGUGAAAAUAAUGCAUUAAUUUUUUU